UGUAAGAUGUUGAUUUCCCUAUCACAGUAUUAACCCAUCUCACGUUCUCAUAUAUUUUCUAUAAGAAAAAGUCCCAAUUAUUAUCUCUGCCAUUAGAUCUCAAUAUCGUUUCUCCACGGUCCACCUUGCUCUCUCUCUGAAUUUGUGAUUGAGAAGAAGAGGUUAAAACAUGGGUUCUGCACCAAACAGUAUUGAGAUGGAGGAGGGAACCCUGGAGGUUGGAAUGGAAUAUAGAACUGUCUCAGGUGUUGCUGGACCAUUGGUCAUCCUAGACAAAGUGAAGGGACCCAAGUAUCAGGAGAUUGUUAACAUUCGUUUGGGAGAUGGAACUACCCGGCGUGGACAAGUUCUUGAAGUUGAUGGUGAAAAAGCAGUUGUCCAGGUUUUUGAAGGAACAUCUGGAAUUGAUAACAAAUACACAACUGUGCAGUUCACUGGGGAGGUCUUAAAGACACCAGUGUCUUUGGAUAUGCUUGGCCGCAUCUUUAAUGGUUCUGGCAAACCAAUUGACAAUGGUCCUCCUAUUUUACCCGAAGCUUACAGGGAUAUUUCAGGAAGUUCUAUCAACCCUAGUGAGAGAACAUAUCCUGAAGAAAUGAUACAGACAGGAAUUUCCACAGUAGACGUCAUGAAUUCAAUUGCUAGAGGGCAGAAGAUUCCUCUUUUCUCUGCUGCUGGUCUUCCUCAUAAUGAAAUUGCAGCCCAGAUCUGUCGUCAGGCUGGACUGGUGAAGAGGUUGGAAAAAUCUGACAACCUUCUUGAGGGUGGUGAAGAGGACAAUUUUGCCAUAGUCUUUGCUGCUAUGGGAGUCAACAUGGAAACAGCACAAUUUUUCAAACGUGAUUUUGAGGAAAAUGGAUCUAUGGAGAGAGUGACACUUUUCUUAAACCUGGCCAAUGAUCCUACUAUAGAGCGUAUUAUUACUCCCAGGAUUGCUCUGACAACGGCAGAAUAUCUAGCAUAUGAAUGUGGAAAGCAUGUGCUUGUAAUUUUAACUGAUAUGAGUUCAUAUGCUGAUGCUCUUCGUGAGGUAUCUGCUGCCCGAGAAGAAGUGCCUGGAAGACGUGGAUAUCCUGGUUAUAUGUAUACCGAUCUGGCAACAAUCUAUGAACGAGCUGGACGUAUCGAAGGACGAACGGGCUCCAUCACACAAAUUCCGAUCCUGACCAUGCCUAAUGAUGAUAUUACACAUCCAACCCCAGAUCUUACAGGUUACAUCACCGAAGGACAAAUAUAUAUUGAUCGACAGCUUCACAAUCGGCAGAUAUACCCACCAAUCAAUGUGCUUCCAUCCUUGUCUCGGUUGAUGAAGAGUGCCAUUGGUGAGGGUAUGACUAGGAGGGAUCAUUCUGAUGUGUCCAACCAGCUGUAUGCAAAUUAUGCUAUUGGCAAGGAUGUCCAGGCAAUGAAAGCUGUGGUUGGAGAAGAAGCACUGUCUUCUGAGGAUCUGCUUUACUUAGAGUUUCUUGACAAAUUUGAGAGGAAGUUUGUUAGCCAAGGAGCCUAUGACACCCGCAACAUAUUCCAGUCGCUUGAUUUAGCUUGGACACUCCUUCGCAUCUUCCCUCGUGAGCUUCUCCAUCGUAUCCCUGCAAAGACCCUGGAUCAGUAUUACAGCCGUGAUGCUUCUAAUUGAAGGAGCCAGCUAUGUACUUAAUUACCUGUGUUGACUGCCUUGGAAUGAGCUUGAUGAUACAUAUGUGGUUUUCCUCGUUAAAUUAGGAAUCUCCUUUCAGCUCAACAAUAAAAGCUCUCUACUGGGUUCCCAGAACCAAGGUUUUCCGGCAUUUGCAAGACAAUUAUAUUCUUUUGAGAACCAGUUAAGUCGUGGUGUAAUUUAUUGUGUUGUGUUAUCUGCAGAUAUGGCAGGGUUUGGGUUCCUUUUAAGAUUCUACAUCAGUUGGGGUUUCUAGGAACUACAAAACCCUUGUUAUAUAUUGUGCUCUUUUUUUUUUUUGGUUUUAUGUUGGACCGUGAACUAAUUCUUUGGCAUCUUUUUGAAUAAUGCUGCCUUUUGUGAGCUUCUUUUUUAAUAAUGGCAACUUCAGUUUAAGAUA